UCUCUCCAACAACACUAUGGCUCACAUGAAAAAUCAGAAGUUUUCUUUAUUUGAAUGCCAUAUGUCAAAUCAUGGUGGCUACAGUCAUGGUGGUCAAAAUCGGAGUGGAUUCACUGAAGGCCAGUCAGGAGUCACCAAUGCAUUCAACCAUGAAGGAAGCCAUACUUCUCAUGUAGGAUUCUACAGAAGCCAUCAAGGAAGUUAUCACAACUCUCAUUAUGGUGGAUCGGCCAACUCCCAACAAGAUGAUUUCCGCACAAUAUACUUUGCAACCCCACAGCUUUCUAAAUACAAAUGUCAACGCAGGUCUCCAAGUGCCCAUGAGCGAUCAACACAAAAAGGGGAAAAACAAACUUCCAUAGGUUACGUAUAUGGAGUGGGAAAUGUACACAGUACCCAUAAAAAUGGAAAUUACCUUAAAAGGUCUGUUGACCUUCAUGGAAGUAUGCAUGAUGGUUUGUUUCAUAUCAAUGAGAAGGAAACUAUGCAACUUUUGAAUGACAGGCUGGCAACUUACAUGGAGAAAGUUCAAUCACUAGAACAGGGAAAUUCUCAGCUGGAGAACAAAAUCAAUGAUUGGUAUACAAAAAAUGCUCCCAGAUCACUCCCUGACUCAAGACCAUACCUCUCAACCAUUCAAGACCUUCAGACUCAGAUUAUUGAAACCACAGUAAAAAAUGGCAGUAUCUCUCUUGAAGUAGACAAUGCCAAAUGGGCUGCCGAUGAUUUUAAGAACAAGUAUGACAUAGAACUGAGGCUGAAGGAUAGUGUUGAAAGAGAUGUGAAAGGUCUACGGCAAGCCUUGGCUUGGUUGAAAAUGGAAACAAAUGACCUGGAGAUACAAGUCCAAAAUCUGCAAGAAGAGGACCAGGAAAUUAAAAAGAACCAUGAACAGGAAGUCACCGCACUGAAAUCUCAGAUGGGACAGAGAGUUAACGUGGAAGUAGAUGCAGCACCAUCCAGAGAUCUCAACAAAACAUUGGAUGAGAUUAGACAGCAAUAUGAAAAUCUAAUGGAACGGAACCUCAAAGAAGUUGAAAGCAUGUUCCUUGCAAGGAGUGAAGACCUGAAUCGUCAGGUGGUCUCUGCUUCCGAGCAACUCCAAUCAGUGCAAACCGUUAAUAUUGACCUAAAACGCAAAGUACAGACCCUGGAAAUUGAUCUUGAAAGUCAGCGAAGCAUGAACGCAGCUCUGGAAGAUUCCUUGGCCGAGACCGAAGCCACUUACAGCUCCCAACUCCACCAGAUCCAGAAAAUGAUUAACCAAAUGGAAGCUGAGUUGUCCGAGAUCAGAUAUGACAUGGAACGCCAAAACUCUGAGUACAAAAAACUUAUGGACCAGAAAACUCACUUGGAAAUGGAGAUCGCAACAUACAAACGUCUACUAGAAGGAAACAAUAUCAAGGGCAAAAAGGAAAAUGUAACUUUUUCAACGGCAGAUAAAAUGAAAAGUAGCACUGUUUCUUUAAGUAACACUGAUGAACAAGAUAAGAAGAUCUCCAGUGUAACCGAAGACAAAUUAACCAAACUUGGAUCAAAACAUGCUAGUCCAAAAAUGCCCAAGUCUAGUAGUUACCAUGUCACUAUGACACUGACACUGUCCCCUGGUUAG